GAAGGUGGAAGAGAUCAAAUAUGAGGUGUGUGAUUUGCUGAAAUCUAAGGCACAUGAUUCCGAAAUUUCUACUAUCCGGUCCCGCCUGGAUGCUGUGAUGAACGAGAUAUCUGAAUAUUUGGACAAAUCACCAAAUAAAAAUGACACAGUGGAUGAUGCAAUGAUUGGAAGAUCCAAGGGAAUACAGGAAUAUUCAAAGGUUGGGGGCGAUAAAUAUCGUACAGCGGAAGUGGAAGUGGGUAAAACACACAACUUUCAAAGAACAGCCGUUCAACUUAAUGCUGCUGCAGGGGAAUCAUCCCCAGCGGGCAAAAAACCAAUUUUGGGAAACAGAAUGGAGCAGAAUAAAGAUAAAGAGAUGAUUUCUCCACCAUUAGCUGCUGUUUCUGAACCUGCAGAAACUUGUAGAAUGGAAAAUGGGCAUGUAAAAGCCGAAAACAAAAUCUCAUUGCUGGAUGAAGGGAUGUCACUAUCAGCUUUUGAUCAAAGAGGUGGAGAAAUUCCUGAAAGUUUAGGUCCUGAAGGAUUAAGGUUGGAAAAAUCAGUCUCAUCAAAGCUGCUGUCACCAUUAUCCAGCAUGGCACACCCGGAGUUGAAUGAAUAUGAGACAAGGCGAGAUACCGUAUCUCUUGAAAGGGUAGAGACUCAAUCCAAUCUUGCAGAAAAAGGUGAAAUUACUUUUGCAGAGGUAAAAGAGAUGUUAAAUACAAAUGAAAUAAAGGAUUCAGAAACACAAGAAAAGCAACAUGGAUACUCUGGACCUGAAGGCAAAAUCCCAGUGAAACAAGAGGCCAAGGAAAAACUAGCUCUGGAUGUUGGAGCAGGAAUGACUCCAAACAAAACGGUUGUUGAGGUAGCCAGGAUUUCAGAGAUAGAAGAGAUUUCACCAACAGGUGAAAUGGGGGAUUUUAGAAUUGGGAGAUCCAUCCCUGGACCAGAAAGUUCUAUUUCCGAUCCUGAAGGAAUAAUUCACGAAUAUCAAAGUAUGUCCUCCAAGUCUGGAAAUAAAAGAGUUAAUCCAAUGAAGACUAAACCACUUAUGAAUCUGAAAAGACGUCUGUUUGCCAAGUCUUCUUCAAGAAGUGUAACUGUUCUGGGAGCUCCAAAAGUGGAUUCAUCAAGAAAAGAUGAUAUAAGAUUGACUCAGGGUGAUGAAGAACCGAGAAUUAGCUGCAUGGUACAGAAGAUAAUUGAAUGCAUGAAAGAUGAUAAAUACAGAAGAAUUGGCAUCUACGGAAAUGGUGGAAUUGGCAAGACAACCGUACUUAAGGCUUUGUUAUCCGCUCCUGAAAUUAAAGAUAAAUUUGAUUUUCUUAUUCAGGUGACCGUCUCAAGAUAUUGGAGCAGGAAAAAGAUUCAGCUUGAGAUUGCAAGGCAGAUAGAGCUCAGCAUGGAAGGCAUUCAAUCAGCAGAUGAACUUGCAAGCAAGUUAUUUCAUGCACUACAAAGCAGGAAAUAUUUGCUGCUACUUGAUGACGUAUGGGACAGUAUUAAUUUGGCGGCACUAGGUAUUAAUUUGGAGAGCCAUUCUAGAUUAGUGGUGGCAACAAGAUCAGUUCAGAUUUGCAAAAAAGUGGCCUCAGAUCGACAGAUAGAAGUCGGUGCCCUUUCUUGGAAAGAAGCUUGGAAUCUAUUCCAGGAACAGGUAGGAGGUGUCAUUAACUCCCCCAGUAUAAGGCCUCAUGCAGAAGCAAUAGUUUCAGAAUGUGGUGGUUUGCCAUUGAUGAUCAUUGUUAUUGGAAGAGCGUUGGCUAAGGAAAUUGAUGUCUCGGGCUGGAGGAUUGUGCUGAGUAAUCUUUUAUCAGUUACUGGAUUAGAAUCUGGUGACAUUGAAAAUUGUGAUGAAGCUCUACUCCAGAAGCUAAAAGUUGGUUACGACAAAUUGCAUGACGAUGAUUUGAAAUGCUGCUUCCUAUACUGUGUCUUGUUUCCAGAGGAUCAUAACAUUCAAAUAAUUGAGCUUAUCAAUUAUUGGAUCCAGGAGGGCCUUGUCACGGGCAAUUCAGCAGAUGCAUCAAGGAAAGGGUUCAGAAUUGUUCGGCAUCUUACUGAAGCCUCUCUAGUGGAACCUGUUGAUGGUGUUUCAAUUAAAAUGCAUGACUUGAUAAGGGAUUUGGCAUCAUGGAUCAUCUUAUCGGAAGAAGGAUCCUUGGAUUUCUUGGUGGGAAGGAAAUUUAACAAAGUUGGGAACCAAGAGCUGAUGUUGGAACCAAGGACAAUAUCAAUAGCAAAGAGCCCCCAAAAGUUGCCCAGGGUAGAAAAUUGCCUCCUGUCAAGAGCUGGGGCAGGUUUACUAUUGCCACCAAAAGAAAGUGAAUGGGAAGAAGCCGAGAUGAUAUUUCUCAUGGAUAAUGACAUUUCAAAGCUACCCGAGGAGCUAAAUUGCCGCAAGUUAAAGAUGUUGUUCCUUCAAAGAAACAGACGUCUUACAACUAUACCUGCAUCAUUUUUCAACAGCAUGCCUCGUCUACAAGUUGUGAAUCUAUCCAAGACAAAUAUAAGAUCCUUACCAGCAUCACUUUACAGUUUAAGUGGGCUCCAAGCUCUGAUUCUUCGCCAUUGCCCAUGCUUAUCUGAAAUUUCUCCCAGAAUUGGGGAAGUAAAGUCCAUAGAGAUUCUUGAUCUGACAGGUACUGAGAUUUAUAGCCUACCUCAUAGCAUUGGCCAGUUAUCAUCUCUCAAGCAUUUUCAUGUAUCUUUUUAUGCAUACGUGGAUGACAAGAAGUUUCAUAAUAAGCACAAAAAUUUGGUUCCUUGUGGUAUAAUUUCUGAGCUUCAGUCACUGGAAGAAUUGAGCAUUGAAGUGCAAUCCGGGGAUACUCAGUGGAAUACAGAUGCAGAAUUUGUAGCAAAGGAAUUGAGCAAUCUGAACAAAUUGGAUACUCUUGGUAUCUGUUUCCCCGAAAUAAAGUUUCUACGGACUUUCCUUGGAUCCAGUCCUGCUUGGAAAGCUGAUAAUUUGAGGAAGUUCAAAUUUGUCAUUGGCCAUGACAUCAAAAGGUCGGCAUCUCGUGUCCCAAGACAUGCAGAGCAGGAUUAUGAUCAGCAACGCAAGUGCUUGAGAUAUGUCAGUACUGAUAGUGAUCACAUACCUAAUGAAGUUAAGGAAGUCCUCAAGCGGGCCACAGCCUUCUAUCUUGAUCACCAAUCUAGGAUCAGAAGCUUAACAGAGUUUGGCAUUCAAAUUAUCAGACAACUGAAGGUCUGUACUGUAAGCGAAUGUUCUGACAUGGAGUCCAUUGUAGAUGGUGGCAGUAUCAUUGAUGAAAUUGCAUUACCAAAUCUAUCUCACCUAAGUCUUCAUUACUUGUGGAACUUGAACAAAAUCUGGAAAGGUGAGAUAACUGCUGAAAGUUUCAAGGCUUUAAAAGUUUUGUCGGUUCACACAUGUCCGAGGUUGGGAUUUGUUCUUUCAUGCUCUAUGGUACAAUAUUUUCCUAGCCUUGAAGACCUUACGGUAGAAGAUUGUGCAUCUAUGAUAGAAAUCAUACUAUGUGAGAUGCAGACCGAGGUUUGUUCUGCUGAAAUUCCAAAACUGAAGAAGUUGGAACUUCGUUAUCUGCCUCAAUUGCUUAGAAUCUGCCAUCAAUCUUAUCAGCAUAUUGAGCAUCUCAAUAUUAUAUACUGCCCAAAGUUUGAGUCCAACUAGCCUACUUGCAGUGAGAAGGCAUGCACAGUGAAACCCUUUCUAGGUACCUCAUGGAUUUAUGAAUCGUGUGUGAGAAACAACUCAGUUUAAUCAGUCCAAGCAGAUUGCUGAAUAAAAAUGUGUAUCAAGCUGUGUUAAAGUGUGCUCUUUUCUUUCUUCGUUGUACUUCGUGAUUUAUUGUAGUUGUAUAUAUAUGGACCCCUUGUCUAAAAUUAUUGAAAUAUGUUGUGGAUAUUUUGUAAUUUUAUUUAUUUUUUUCUUUUCACAUCCUUUUCAGUCCCAACUGUUAGGUCCAAUAUUAGAACCCCAAAACGUGACAGUAAAGUCGUUCUUGACCAUUUGCCCAACUCUAAUAGUUAUUAUAUUGUCGACAUC